AUGGCCCAGGAGGUCACACAUCCUGGCAGGAGUAGCUUGGAUUACUACAGGAAUGACAGCAUGGUGCUGUCCCUGUGUGAGUUCCCGGUGAACAGCACAGACUUCAUGUGUGACAAGAGGCAGGUCAGGCAGUUUGCUCAAGCCUUCCUGCCAGUGUUUUUCUGGCUCAUCUUCGCUGUGGGCACAGUGGGGAACACUUUGGUCGUGCUUGUCUAUUGCAAAUACCACUUCAGGAGGAGCAUGAUGGAUCUGUACCUGUUGCACCUGGCCAUCGCCGACCUCCUGCUCCUUUUCACCUUUCCCUUCUGGGCCAAGGCUGCUUCAGAUGGAUGGAUCUUUAAGGACUUCAUGUGCAAAGUUGUCAACAGCAUGUAUAAGAUCAAUUUCUAUGGCUGCAGCUUGCUUCUAACCUGCAUCAGCUUUGACAGGUACAUCACGGUAGUGCAAGCGAUGAAAGCCAAAACUUGUAGGCGCAGGUGGCUUCUGCGCAGCAGGCUCAUGUGCCUGGCUGUCUGGCUGACGUCUGUGAGCCUGUGCAUCCCAGAACUCAUUUACAGCCAGAGCACACAGGUGGGUGACCUAACAGUUUGCAAAAUUAUGUACCCACCAAACGUCAGUGUGAUCUUCAGAGUUAUGGUCCUGGCCUUGAAAGUCAUCAUAGGAUUCUUCCUCCCGCUCCUUGUCAUGGUGAUUUGUUAUGCCCUUAUCAUCAACACCCUCCUACAGGCCAAAAGAUUUCAAAAGCAGAAGUCGCUGAAGAUCAUCACCAUGAUCCUCACCACUUUCCUCCUCUCUCAGUUCCCAUACAAUAUUGUUUUGCUGGUCAAAGCCAUCGACACCUACACGGGGGUGGUGCACAGUUGUCAGGUUGCCAACCAGCUGGACAUCGGGCUGCAGGUCACCCAGAUCAUCGCCUUCCUCCACAGCUGCCUCAACCCCUUCCUCUAUGUCUUUGCUGGUGAGCGGUUCAGAAUGGCGCUGGGCAGGAUGAUGCAAAGCUGGGGCUGCUGCUGGAGCAGGCCCCAAGAGCACUCCUCUGCCUGUGACAGCCAGGAGCACAGCUCAAACUGGUCCUUUGCCAUGCUGGGGGGACGGCGGGUCAGGAACUCCCUGAUCCUCAACACUCACUGGACCUCCUCUGUUAUGUCCCCUCCUUGCAAAGUCAUCCUGUAAGUUAGUCCUCACCUUCUCCUCUCCAGAGAAGCACCAAACUCUUUGGAAACCCUCUGUAUACCCCAAAAGAUUAUCCCAGAGGGGCAGAAAGGGUUGGGGACCUGCCCUUGAUGUGUGGGAACCAACUGAGGGCUGCUGGCUGAGAGAACAGGAAACCUUUGGCAGAUGGGAGCAAAAUGGAACCAUAUAA